AGUUUAUGUUCUAUUUGUAAAGUUUCAUACUUAAUGACCCAAUAUAUCCCAGACAACAACAAGAAAGGUAGACGUUAGAUAAACGACGCGUGUAAUUUAUUGCAGAUCCUAAUGUUGGAAGAUCUGUCCCUUCAAGGGUUCGUGAUGAAGGGUUCCAAGAUACUGGAUUAUCCGCACGUUAGUCUGGCGCUACGCUGCUUGGGCGAGUUACACGCGUACAGCUUCGUCAUACGCGCCGCGAAUCCGGAGAUGUUUGAAAAAUUUCAACGGAUGCAAGAACCGCUCGUCGACGAAAACUUCUACAAUAAUAAUGCCUUUCGUUCGAAAGAGCUCGCUAAAGUCGUGAUCAAGGCUUUAGCGGACGAGGACGAGCACUAUGUCAAGAGAGUCCAGCAAUUCGCCGAUAAUGUGAAGGAUAACAUGUGCAGCGCGGUUGACGGAACACUCGCGGAACCCUACGCCGUCGUGAACCACGGUGACGCUUGGACCAAUAAUAUACUCUUCAAGUAUGACAAGGACGGGAAGACUCCGCGCGACUUGCGUUUCCUAGACUUUCAGUUGUGCCGUUAUGCGUCGCCCGUUUUAGAUCUGGUCUACAUACUCUUUUGCUGCUGCACACAGGAAACGAGAAGUAAAUAUUACGAUCAAUUGAUCCAUGAAUAUUACGAAACAUUGUCCAAGUACCUUAGGAAAUGCGGUUACGAUCCCGAUAUCCUGUUUCCUUACGAGGCGUUAUCGCAGCAGUUCAUCAAAUUCGGAAAAUUCGCGGCGGGGAUGGCGCUUUACGUUUUACAUUUAUUCAGCAUCGAGGAUGCCGACAUUGGUAUCAUGAAUGAUAACACUGUACUUUUCGAGAGGCUGCAAACCGACAGCUUUUACAGAAGCAUGGUAAAAGGUACCUUCAAAGAUCUCGUCGACAGAAAUUAUUUAUAAAUUGACGUGGAAUGCAACUCCAUGCAGAGAAGACGCUGCUCAUAUAAUUGAAGUCGCACAGUUUACGAAACUUCUUAUCGCAAGUUUCUUUGUAUUUUAUUUUAUCGUGAGUGUACACGGUACGGGGAGUUUCGCUUUAUCAAUUUUCUUCAUUCACGAAUACCUGAGGCUAAAGACGAACUCAGGAUUAAACUUAGCCAAAGAAUUUAACUGAAAACAUGCUGAAAUAAUGAAACUGAAACAUGCGACAUUUAUACUUGUCGUAACAUAAGCAAAUGAUUAAAAAAGACUUGUUCUUGAAUUUAACUAUACUAAAUAUUACUAUAUCACUUGAUCAUUAUUUUUAUUCAAGCAAAUUGAACUUUCGUUAAAGUAAAAUUGUUUGAUUUGGUUCAGGAAAGC